CGACCGCUUUGAUGUCGCUGCCAAUGAAUUCGCUGUAUUCGCUCACCUGGGGCGAUUACGGCACCAGCCUCGUAUCGGCAAUCCAAUUGUUGCGCUGCCAUGGCGACCUCGUCGAUUGCACGUUGGCCGCCGGCGGGCGGAGUUUUCCCGCCCACAAGAUAGUCCUGUGCGCCGCCUCCCCCUUUCUGCUGGACUUGCUAAAGAAUACACCAUGCAAGCAUCCAGUGGUAAUGUUGGCUGGCGUCAAUGCGAACGAUCUGGAGGCGCUGCUGGAGUUUGUGUAUCGCGGAGAGGUGAGCGUGGAUCACGCUCAGCUGCCGUCGCUACUGCAGGCUGCCCAGUGCCUGAACAUCCAGGGACUGGCCCCGCAGACGGUUACCAAGGACGACUACACCACGCACUCGAUACAACUGCAGCACAUGAUUCCGCAACAUCACGACCAAGACCAACUGAUUGCCACGAUCGCCACGGCUCCACAGCAAACGGUUCAUGCCCAGGUGGUGGAGGACAUCCAUCACCAGGGCCAGAUUCUCCAGGCAACGACUCAGACCAACGCAGCAGGACAACAACAGACCAUUGUGACAACCGACGCGGCUAAACAUGACCAGGCAGUGAUUCAGGCUUUUCUUCCGGCACGCAAACGCAAACCACGCGUAAAGAAAAUGUCACCUACGGCACCGAAAAUAAGCAAAGUUGAAGGAAUGGACACGAUUAUGGGCACACCGACCUCUUCACACGGCUCUGGAUCCGUGCAGCAGGUGCUUGGCGAAAAUGGAGCCGAGGGCCAACUGCUAUCAUCCACACCGAUCAUCAAGAGCGAAGGACAAAAGGUAGAGACUAUUGUGACCAUGGACCCCAACAACAUGAUACCGGUAACGUCGGCUAAUGCGGCAACUGGCGAGAUAACACCGGCACAAGGAGCCACUGGCUCAUCUGGCGGCAAUACAAGCGGCGUCCUAUCCACGCCAAAGGCAAAACGUGCUAAACAUCCGCCCGGAACAGAAAAACCACGUUCACGAUCACAAUCUGAACAACCUGCAACUUGCCCCAUUUGCUAUGCUGUCAUUCGUCAAUCCCGGAACCUGCGGCGCCAUCUCGAGCUGCGGCAUUUUGCCAAACCCGGCGUGAAGAAGGAGAAGAAAAGUAAGUCCGGUAACGAUACAACCCUAGACUCCAGCAUGGAGAUGAACACCACGGCAGAGGGCGACAACACAGUGGGCAGUGAUGGAGCAGGCGGAGCAGGAUCAGCAGGAGGACAAUCAUCUGCAACCAGUGGCAAGAAGUCUAGUAGCGGAUCCAGCGGUUCAGGCAGUGGGGCACUGAGCUCCAGUGGCAGUGUGCCGCAGGUCCAGACGGUUCAAUCCCUGCACACCUUGCAGGGUGUGCAGGUCAAGAAGGAUCCGGAUGCCCAGCAGCAGCAGCAACAGCAACAACAACAGCAACAGCAGCAGCAAGCAAUGACAGUGAGCGGUGCGACGGGCGGACAAGUGCAACAACAGGUGCAGCAAGUGCAGCAGCAGGUCCAGCAGCAACAGCAGCAGCAGCAACAACAACAACAGCUGCAACAUCACCAAAUCAUAGACUCGUCGGGCAACAUUACAACAGCAACAACGAGUGCUCAAGCGGCAGCUGCCGCACAGCAACAGGCGGCUGGCCAGCAGCAGCAACUGGUGGCACAAUCCGAUGGCAGCGAGAGUGGAGCUCCGCUUUCGAUUGCCCAGGUGCAGACGCUGCAGGGCCAUCAGAUCAUAGGCAAUUUAAAUCAGGUGAAUAUGACUGACUUUCAACAACAACAACAGCAGCAACAGCAGCAGCAGCAGCAACAACAGCAGCAGCAGCAGCAACAACAACAACAACAACAACAACCGCAACAGCAAACACAACAGACGCUCUGAUCGGACCGAAGUCAUAGAUCCACCUUGUACUAUUCUAUACGAUUAUUAAUUUGGGUUUUUGCUAAACGCUUUAAAUAUUCUCUUUGCGGAAUGCGUAGACGAAUUCUAAAUUAGUUUUAGAAAGCCAGAAAGGCAUAUUUAGUUGUUUACCAUUUUGUUGUGCAAUCUUAUGACUUUAAAUGUUGUUUUACCCCUCCUACAACUUAUUUUGUUGCUAGAUAAAUGCUUAAGUGCUCUAUGGUUAUUGGAAAUUACGUGCAUAUUUUACAUACUUUAUAAAUAUUAUCAUUUUAUAUGGUUUUACAAAUGUCCCAAUGCUAGAGGACCUCUAGUCACUUUGAAGUCCUGCAGAUCAGUAAACAUCUUAAUCCAACAAGGAUCCCUUGCUCACGUCCAUGUUUUGGCCAUGAACGAAUGCACCUUGAUUAAAUAAUAAUAAUUAAAUAAUAAACAAUAAGUAUACAAAUCCUUGAUUUACAAAGAUUUACUUAAGCAGCUCAAAAGUAAUUGAUCUGAUCAAAAGAGAGUUCGCUCAACAAGGUUUUUAAAAACCCGCCCACCAACAACCACUUAAGUAAUCAAUCAACCAAUCAAUCAAUCAACUCGAUAUCUCUGCUUUCGUUUUUGUUUAAGAAUUAGGCGUUCUAUGUUUAAAUUGAACCAAUUUUAUAUGUAUAUUACUUAAUUUUAAUAGUUGCAAAUUUUUCCUAAAAUUUAGACCCCGUUUCGCCAGUUUGGGAAGAUGAAAUAUAUUCCUGGAAACUAUGAUUUAAUUGUAUAAAUUUGAACGAAAGGUUAUAUUUCAUCUACCUAAACUGGUAGAAUUAUUGUUAGUCUUCUUACACACCUAAAUAAAAUCUAAUUUUAUUUAAAACAAAUUACAAAAAAUAAGUUUAAUAAAACAAAACCUUUUCAAACAAAAUUAUUAUUAGUAUUUUCUUUUGUUUUUCGCUUUUCGGUGAUGGAUCUUUUUGAUUUAAUUAUUCAAUUAAUAUACUCAUAAUCCCUUUGGCAACCAACACUACCAUUUAAUUAAGUAUUUUUGUAAUUACUAGCAUGAAUGAACAUUUUAAAUAUUUCUUGUAUAUUAGUUUUUUGCUUUUACUGAUUGCAGUACGGCUGACCAAAAAAAUGAAGACAGAAACUUAAUGAAAAAUCAAAUAGUGACUAUGACACUUUACACACCAGCAAUGGAUACUCACCAACACCACAUACAUUCUGCACUGCAGUUUACACCAUUUUGCAACACAUGAGCAAUCAUUAACAAAUCGUUUUUAUCUUGUCUUCUCUUUCUUGCUGCCACGUUAAUAACAACUAAACGUCAUCUAACCAAUCAAAUGCAAUACAUCUGUGUGUAAAAACUAAACAUUCAUGCAUCCAACAACAAAUCAAAAUCAUUAAAAAAAAAAAAACAGGGCAACAACAAGAA